AUGUACAAGAUAUCGAAGAUCGAGGACCUCUCAAUGGCAGCAGCCGACCCGCUCUCACCGGAGAACAAUAACCAGAACAAGCCAACGCUGAACCUCAAGUUAUCAAUAAUGCAGUCCGAUCUGGCGCGGACGCAAUACAUCAUUCGUUCAAUAUUGCGCCAGAGAUUAUCAAAACUUAUCAAGUAUAGCAUAUACUAUUUACGAAUAUCGAUGAAUCAGGAAACACAAACCCCCGCGGGGGCAGAUGCGGCAACCCUCCUCUCUGAGAAAGAACUGCAGUUUCUACGCGGCCACCAGUCACUGUUAACAACGCAUUAUAAUGCUUCGUUUCUCUCUACGUUCCCUGCAAACCUGAAAAGGCUGGAUGAUAACGUCGGUGGUACAAAUAUGGUUGUUGCACCGGAGAAUAAAGAGGUUGUUUUCGUGCGGUGUUUGAGCGAAGAGUCUAGGAUUGUUAUCCCUGCUUUAGAGGGCGAGGAAGGGAUGGCUGGUCUUGAGAGGUAUGGCGGGAGCAUGGCCAGGGGUGAGAUAUGGGUUGUUCGAUGGGAGGGUGUUAAGGAUGCAUGGAAGCGGGGGGAUAUCGAGGUUCUUUAG